AUGAAAUAAGAGACUUUGAGUAAUUCAACAACUUAGACUAUUGGAAGUUCCUAAUAGACUUAAUCACUUGAUGAAAUAGAAAAAUAUAAUUGUUUUUGGAAAUAAGAAAUAAUUUUGAGUGAUUGUGAAGAGUAAUUUGUUUAAAUAGUAUCUGAUGAUGAGAGGGAUUGCGCUGCUAUGGUAAGCUUUGGAAAAGCACUUAACAUCCAACCAACAGAUAUUUCAUAAAUAACUGAGAUCUUAAACUAUUUGGACACCCCGUAAUUAAAGAUGACUUCUUUGUAGAGUCCAUAAAAUGUUUUGAACUAUUUCCUGCCUAAUAGUUUUGUAUCUACACUAACAGAGAUGAUCAAUCAUUACCUUUUAAUGGUGUUACAAGAAGAUGUAAAAUAAUAGCAAUAAACUCAAUAAAUUUAUCACAAGAAGAAAUACAAAGAAGCUGAGAUUUAAUUUUACUUAGGUUUGCAAAUUUUGUUUGGAGUGUAUAGAUUUCCAUCUCUGGAUGAUUAUUGGAAUGCUGAAUCCUGGUUAAAAGGAGGAGUAGAAGUUACUAUGCCAAUAGGUAGAUUCAAAUUUGUAGAUCUUCAUAUUUUUUCAUACUUUGAUGAAUAAUAAAGAGCAAAAUUACAAUUGGAAGUCAGCAAAUUUUCAAAGAAAUUAAAAUCACUUUAUAAUCCAGAUUAAGAGUUAAUUAUUGUCGAAUAAAAUCAGAAGGCAUACAAAGCAUAUUACAUAUUUGAUUAUGACAGUUCUUAAAUUAUUGAUUUGCUAGUUGUUUGCAACAAUGUGAAGAAUGAGGAUAGAAUUAACAGAGUGAUGAGAAUGCUUUAUAAGUAUUCUAAUUAGAAUCAUGUUACUUACAUAUUAUUUGAUCUUAGUUUAGACAAGAUAAUUCAAUUGGUGGAUCAAUCUAUCUACCCAGUCAUUCGCUAUUAAAACAUCAGCCAUAAUUUGAUUCAAAUGCUAUAGGAUGGAGAGUACGAAUUGGAUUAAUUAUUUUUAGUUAAAUAGGGAACUUAAGUGGAUGUUUUCCCAUAAAGACGUCUGAUAUCGAAUAGACCUUACAUGACUUCUUAUGAAAAGAUAAAGGAGUAAUUGCAAGAACACAUAACAAAUCUAUAGUAAUUUAGAAGUAACUUUUAUUAGUCAUCAUAAUUGAAUAAUACUGAAGGAUUUCAUCAAUUGAGAGUUGAAUUUGAAGAAUAUUUCGAAAUUAUGAUUCAUAACACAUUUUUAUUGAUUCAGCAGACAUCUCAAUCGCAAUUCAGACAUGAUUUAGCUAAGAUUCUACUUAAUGAGAAAGGAUAAUAGAUAGAGAGAGAUCGUAAUGAAGCCAAACGUAAAUUGAAUGUCACUUACUAAGAAAACACAUCAAAUACAGACCAGUUGUCAUUUGGAUUAUAAAAACAGUAUGCUGAUCAAUUCCAUACUCCUAUACCUUAGAAAUAAGAAGAUACAUUUAAAUAUUGUUUGGUGUGUAUGAAAUUUGAAGGCUUGACUAAACCAUACUAUAGAUGUUAAUUGUGUGAAAAACUCUUGAAGGUCAAUAAGAUAUUCUUGUGUCCAUUUCCUUGUUUUGAACUAUUUCAUAGGAAUCCAAGUGAUUUCAUGGUUUGUGAUAUGAAAAUGUUAGAGCCACUAGGAGAAGGUGCGUAUUUCAAAAAUGAAUCAACUAUGUAAUUGGUUAGUAAUGGAUAAGAAGAAGAUGCGAGUGGAAAGAAAAGAAAAUAUAAUAAACCUCCACCUAGAACAUUUUGGUCAUUCAAUAAAGAGAUCUACAAACAAGCAAAUAUCAAUGAUGAUCAGAACUUGAAUGACAUCUUAAAUACUUUCAAAAAACCUCAGGUCCCUGCUCCUUCACCAAAUUUGCUAUAGCCUAUUGUUCCUUAAGAAUAAUAAGUAUAGACGUCGACUUUGGGACACAAAAAGGAUAUGAAAGAUAUUGAUCAUCUCUUAAAUUAGGAAAGAGAGCAGAAGGAUAAAUUAAUAAAGGAAAUGUAGGAGAGGGAUAAACAAUUAUAAGAAUAAUACUUCCAAUAAUAAUACGAGAAACAAUUGUAAAAGGAAUAGGAAUCGAAGAAGGGCAAGAAGGCUCAGAAAGAGAGUGAAAAGAAGAAAUAAUUAGAGGAACAACUUAAGAAUGUCAGUCCUCUUGAGAAAUUCAUGGAACAAAUAAAUAAAAGAGCUAAGGUUGAGGAUGUUGAAUGA